AUGAAUAUCGUUAAGUGGCUUCCUAAGCAAAACAAUGACAUGAAUAAAAUAUUCAAACAAACUCGAAUAAUUGAACGCGAAUUGAGAAUUUUGGGUAAAAAGUUCGCUACAAAUAUCAAUUAUAAAAAGCCUGAUUAUUAUGACUAUCAGAAUUUACUUCACCAAACAAACUUUGUCCUUGAGGAAAGUUCUCAGACUCAAUACAAAUUACAUCGAAUGGGAAACACGUCAAACGAUGCCAACGUGCAAAGGUCAAGCUUUAAAGUUAUUCUGAAUAAGAAAGCUCUUGAAAUUCGUAGGAAUUUAAGGCGUCGUCAUUUCCAGUUAAUUUUGAUUGUGGCCAAAGUCAUUAAAUUAAUGCUGUGCAAUGGAGUUUUUGAAGCUGGCUUCCUGAUGUGUUCACUUUAUAAUAGUGCUGUCAUAUUGACACUUCAAAACACGAGAAGUGCUUCGGGCACUCUUGUGAUAUCAAAUACUUUCCCUCCUCUGUUGUCAAAUCCAAGAUUGAUGCAUAUUACUACAAUACUUCAGAUGGUAACACGCUAUCGUACCGAAAAAUGUUGUGAAAGUUUGAUAUCUUGUUUACUCGACACUUGCAAAGCUGAAAUGAACGAUGAAUCAGAAAGAGAUGAUUUGAGUUUGGAAGUUUACUUGACUUUGACAGACCAAUUAAGGGAUGAGAAUUUUGCUAAAGCGAAGCAAGAUGAAGGAAUGCAACUUCAAAAACAACAAAUGAUGAUAAUGCCACGUCAACCACAGCAAAAUAUUAAGAUUAAACCAACCGUAAUUACGGAUAUCACGGAUGAAAGUGAACCAACUGUGACGUUUUUCGAUAAUAUGGUGAAUGAAUUUCAAACGAAGGAAGCGUUUCGAUGCGAGAAUGCUGCCGAUGGUAAAAUCCUUGAUGAUCUCAUUCGAGUUGAAGAGAUUUUUCUCGCUACGAUGAUCGUUAAGUGCCUUAAACUUUGUCCCAGUGCUUUCGAAAAUGAAAUAACGAAAAACGAGAUAAUGAAUUUAAUCAAUCGAGCGUCAAGGUUUUUGUGGACGAAUGUUGGUGGAACACUCGAACAUUAUUUGCUUUGGUGGUCUCAAUUUCCUCUCGCAUGUCGUCCGAUAAACUGCACCAAAUAUCUGCGUGAAUAUUUGUUACUAAUUCAGCGAAAUUAUGCACCAGAACCGAUUUUAUCAACUCUUAAAAGCUUAGGCGAAAUAUUAACAGUACAUGUUGUCGGAACAACAUGGGAUAAGGAUUUUCGAGUUUGUUUAGUACUUUCGAGCUUGAAAGUAAAUCUUAUGUUUGAUAAAAAUUCUGAGUUUUAUGUACCCGGAGAACAAGUGUUGCAUCGUUUAGAUCAUUCAAUUCAUACAAUGCGCUUAUGGGGCAACUCGAAAGCUAAAGAGUUGUGUUCAGACUGGAAUAUGAAAAUGUUUUUCCGUCUCAUUCACCAUGACAUGGAAGGAAUCUGUAUGGAGCGACUAAAUGAGAUUCGAGCGCCAGGUUUGAUAUUUUUUGUUAUCCAAUUGGAUGUUGGUUUGGAAGUUAUGAUGCUCUUGAUACAUAGAAGCUUUGUAGUUUAUGCUGCUUUUAUAUCAGCGAAUACGACAUGCUCCGAAUGCAUUGAAGUGCUUGCUAAUGUUUGUGAAACUACGUCAUUGGCGACGCUUUCACUUUAUUUUCCUCCACAAAAUAUAUGGCGACAUGAGAUGCUUCAUAAAAGAUGCAAUGAAUACGUGGGAAUUUAUCUUGGUAUAAUGUAUCAGCCGAUAUUUGAAGCAACAAAGGAUUUCGACAUUCUCCAACUGAUGAUGAAAAUCAUAUGCGAAUCAAUUUUGGAGCACAUCUACAAUAAACAAAUCAAAUUUACUGUCUGUGGAGCAUUGAAUCUACUUAAGGAUUUUGAAGGUAUAAGUGAGUGGAUUGAAAACAACAAGGAAGUUCCUAGAGCGUUUCGAGAGAAGUUGAUGAAACAUGAAGUCUUACGAUAUUGCGAAGGUGUCGGAAAAAUUCUCUUGAGAGAGCCCGACGAAGUCAUUUCGAUGUUUCCUUCACCGACCAAAGCUAAGCGAAUGGCAGCUUCCACCGAUGAGGAUUUUAAUUAUGUGAAGCUUUUAGUCGUUUCACAGGCUUCUGAAUUGUUCACAUCUGAUUUGUUCGAGGAAGCUUUUGUUAUUAUCACUCUCGAGAGUACAUUGAUAAAAAGCUUAAAAAAUUUCUAG